CAGUUUCGAGCAGUCGUCAGUAUUGAAGAUACUUUCAGUUUGUGAGCAUCUACAUACAUAAUAAUUUUAAAAAAAUGCCUUGCGGUGGGUGUGAGAAAGAAUGCAAAUGUACUAGCGAGAAGUGCGCAGAGAACUGCAAGUGCACGGAGGCGAGCAAGUGCGGCUGCCGUGGGAGCGCCAAUCCUCCACCUGCAACAUCGGGUGCUGGCUGUUGCAAGAAGGCUGGGGCAGGGGAUGGCAAAAGCACCUGCUGUGGCGGUGCCGGCGAUAAAAAAUAGGACGAGCGCCUGGAAUGUGCUGAAAACGGGCAAAUGCAUGUCACUAAUUUGAUGGAAGGUGGCUGACGCCUGAUAUUAUUUACAUCUGCAUAUACAUUUAGUAUAUACACAUUUAUUUGUUUAAAGGCAAAUUAUUUACUGCAAACAUAAAGUAAUCCUGAACACCA